UCCGGAACCGGAGGCAAAAUGUCCGCCAUGAUUAUCAAAAUUUACUCCUUGUUCACAAGAAAACAAUAGUGAGCAUCUUUAAGGUGUAUGACUCUGGCUGUUCUGGUUUCAAUCUGAUGAUUGUAUACAUUAUUUUAUCUAGUGUUAAACUGUACUUUUAAAAAUUGCAAACAAGCCAUCAAUUUUCGCCCUCUAUAGAUCAGCCAUCAUGGCUGAUAAUAUGGGUCAUCAUUCCUCAUCAGACAAUAAGGGCCAUCAUUUUGGCCCUGGCCUCUUGGCCAAUCAGUUCCCACUGCAUCCAAGAGUUGAUUCUCUCAUGGCCAAAAGUGCUAGUCAUGGUCAACAGCAUCUGCUUCGACCAGAUCUUAGACAUGAGCUAGACAUAGUCAACCAAAGCAUUGGCGUCUGUCUUGACGGCAAACAACGGCUCAAUGCUCAGAUUGAGCAUGAGCAUAUAAGCGAAGGGUCAAGCAGCGGGGGCACAGCAUUUCAGUCAGUUGAGCCUUUAUCCUUGCUCGCGAGAGGAGAUGCACUUAUGACCAAGAAUCAGGGCCAUAGUCAGCAAUCUCGGGGGGAACUUCGACAUGAUAUUGAUAUGGUUAAUCAAAGUUUAGGUGGAUGUCUAGAUGGAAAUAGCAAAUCAAGACUUAGUACUCAAAUAGAUCAUAAACAUAUAAAUGAGAGUAGUUCCAGUGGGACUGCAUUUCAGCCAGUAGAACCAUUAUCUUUAAUGUCUAGGGGUGAUGGAAUCAUGAGCAAGGGUGGUAAUCCUACCCAGCAACACAGAGGAGAGAUUCGUCAUGAAAUGGACAUUGUGAAUCAAAGUCUUGGCGGCUGCCUAGACGCUAACAGCAGUAAGCAGAGACUAACUUCUCAGCUAGAGCACGGACAGAUUAAUGAGCCUUCUACUAGUGGGGGCAACUCAUUUCAGUCUGUUGAACCUAUUUCUCUUCUGGCCAGGGGUGAGGCCUUGAUCAAAACUGCAAGUCACAGCCAGCAACAUAGAGGAGAGCUAAGACAUGAGAUGGACAUGGUAAAUCAGGGCAUGGCAGGAUGCCUGGACAAUGGUGGAGGGGGAAAACAAAGGCUUAACUCUCAAAUGGAUCAUGAACACUUGAACGAGCCCUCCACCAGCGGGACAUCCUCCUUUCAGGCUGUUAAGCCUCCACAUGAUAUGAAUGACUACUUCAUGUACAUCGGAAAUAACAAAAUGAAUGUUGAAACAUUGUACGGCAACAGGAACAAUGAGUUUGCAAUAGAGAAAGAGCAAGUUAACAAGAGUGUUGCCACAGAUGAUGAUGAUGCCCUCUAUAACGCAGUUUUUAAAAGUAACAUGUCUACACCUAGUCUUCAGGAUGAUAUUCCCCUCGAUAAAAUCUACAAAUGUGAGUUGUGCAGCAAAAUAUUCAGUAAUAGCUUCUUUCUGCGGCAGCAUACAUUGUUUCACACUGGAGACAAACAGUUUGUUUGUGGUACAUGUGGGCACAAGUGUUUUUACAAGAGUCAGCUCAAAGAGCAUGAGCGCACACACACAGGCGAGAAGCCCCACAAAUGUCAUAUCUGUGAGACAGGCUUUGCAAGAAAAGAUGCGCUCAAGAGGCAUUUAAGGUCACAUAUGGAUGAAAAGCCAUAUAAAUGUGACAUUUGUGAAAAAGAGUUUAAACAUAAGCCAUACUUGCAAAUACAUAAAAAGAUCCAUACUGGAGAACGGCCACAUAAGUGUGAAAUUUGUGAGAAGAUGUUCUCCCGUAUAGAAAGCCUAAAGCGCCAUAGAAUUUCACACAUCAAAGAUAAAGCAUAUCCAUGUAACUACUGCGACAAAAGUUUCAAAUGUCUUACCUAUUUACAUAAUCACACCCAGAAUCACACUGGACAGAAACUUUAUGGCUGUGAUUUAUGUGAGAAAAAGUUCAAGUAUCCAGCCCUGCUAAAAAAGCAUAAGAUGAAACACACUGGUGAACGGCCGUUUCAUUGUGACUUGUGUGAAAAGGGCUAUUUUACUGCCACCGAGCUGAAAAUUCAUAAAAUGAAUCACGCUGCCACAGAUCCACCUUUUCAGUGUGAAUUUUGUGGUAAAGGCUUUCACAUGAAUGAUAUAUUUCAAGCCCAUGUGCGGACUCACACAGGUGAGAGACUGAAGUGUCGCUACUGUGACAACACAUUCACACAGCAGUCUAGCUUACAUGCCCAUGAAAGGAUGCACACAGGAGACAAGCCAUACAUGUGCAGCACAUGUGGAGUGACCUACACCCAGCUCUCUUCCUACAAUGCUCACAUUCAAACUCAUAUUGGAGAAAUGCCAUAUAAGUGUGAGCCAUGUGGCAGGAGGUACCAGCACUAUGCCAGUUUUCGCUACCACCAGAAUGUGUGUGCAUUCUACAAUCCUCCAGUACCCAAACAAAAUGCUGAUCCUUGUUAGUGACUGUUAGACCAUCUGCUAAUUGGAUUUCCAUUCUUCCUUAGUUGGUGUUAAUUUAAUCACAAAAUUACUGAAAAAAAAAUUUAAAACUUUUUUUCAAUUUAGAGUCUAAUAUAUAUAUGUAUCUCCACUGAUUAAAAUGUUAAGAUAAUCUUACAGUCAGAUAUGCACAAACAGAUGCUGCAAUAAAUUGUGUGUUUUAAAAUACUUUUUUGUGAAGUUAGACUGAUUUUCCUAUUGGAUCAUGUGUCACUGUGCUCCUGUAAUCUACAAAUCAUUUGACAUGGUUAAAGAACACUUCAUGCUUUUCAGCGGAUUCAUGUAUUUACUGUGUAGAUGAAGUAUUUUUCCAAAGCAAUAAAAGAGCCAUAUAUUAUGUCUGUGGUUUAGUAAAAAAAAAAAAACUUUUUUUUUCCUCCCAAUGUUAAUGACCAAAUGUAUCUGUUGGAGAGCUGUCCUUAUUUAAAAAUAUAUAAUGUGUCAUGGACAUUGCAUGCUUUUUGGCGUGACUGUAGCUUAGAUGAAAUUAGAGUAAUGCUGAAUGGUUUCCAUGAAAACAUUUUGUACAGUGCUCAUGCAUGAAAAACUUCAUCCCAUGUUUCAAUAUGCCUCUUUGUAUCGUGGACAGUUUUGUUGUUAGGUUUCUUUUUUUUUUUUUCCCAUUUAUGGUUAACACUUUGUCUUUAAACUAAGUGACAAACACCAUUCAUUGUGUUGUUGUUGUUUUUUUUCUCUCUUUUGUAAAUAUAGAUAUGUAAAUGAAUGUAAAUAGCUCUCUUAACACAUCUAGAUAAUGCUGUCAUGUAUUCUAUUCACAUUCUUGUGUUUAUGUUUUAUUUUGUGAUUUUUCAUUAUAUACUGUAGACAUUAUACCAUAUAUACUAUAAAUUCAGUCUUAUAUAAAUAUUAUUUAUAUAUAUGAAAUUAUAAAUAUACAUUGACUCUUCUGUCGUGGCUUAAUCACUUUUCUGUAACUAGGUUUCUAAAAAUUGUUUUUGUUUUGGGCAUCUGCUUAUGAUGAACAAAAAAAAACACCAAAAUGCAAAAUUAUGAUGUAUUCCUAGAACAAAUUCAUUCAUGUCAUUUGUUACUGUGGGAAUCUUUUUAUGCUAUAAAACUCCCUUGUUAAAUAUUGUUUGUAACUUUUGUUUAUAUUUUUUUGUCUCUGUUUAAGUAAGUGAAUACUCACUUAUUCAUAUACCCAUGUUUCUGAGUGGGGAAAAUCUUGAGGUCAAAUCACUUUUCUAUUUCAUAACUUUCAAUGGUAGACUUUUUCAAGCAUUUUAUUUUUCAGUUGCUCAUUAGGCAAGUAAUAAGGUAUCUAAAUAUUUAUGUAAUUUUUCUUUCAUCAAAAAUUAAUAAAUGAAAUAUUUAUUUAGAUUAAAAGUAGGGUAGAAUUUUCACCUAUUUGAUAAACAUUAUUUAGCCACAGCUUUUUGUUGUUUUCCUUUUACUGUGUAUUGCUAUUUCAGAAAUCUAUUCUAUCCAUCUCUUCUUGUUGUUUUUUUACUGUAAUUUUUAAUCUCAGUUCAGUAAAGAAAAAAAAAAACAUUUGAGGAAAAAGGGUUUGGUUUACUGUUAAAUUAAUGUUCUACUUUAUGUAGCUAAUACAAUAGAUCUGAUAAUAUCCAUUAUUUUGAGAUUCUUUUUAUUUAAGUAAGCUGUAUAGACACUAAGUUACUUCUCCUUCUCCAUGCCUCUUAACCAGAACUCUGUCCUAUUUCAUUUGACAAGAGGGCUGGCUAACCAGCCUAGAUUUUCCUACUGUUGUUAGAACUAUUAAACUCAAAUUUGAGAUAAAUCUGAGAAAUCCCUAACCUCCAUCCUGCUUUGAACUUAAAGACACUCAUUUAUUACAACCAUACAGUUUAUGCCUGUCUCCCGCUCAUUGAAAAUUCUUCUUCUGUUGUUUGUAGUUUUUUAAAACAAGAAAGUUGGUUGUAAUUUCUAUAUAACUCAAACAAAUAGUCCAACCAGUACUAUUUUUUUUAUUAGAAUAUCCUAACAAAUAGUGCAGUAUCUAACAAAUCUUUAAACUCACUUUUAAAGAGCAGCAGUCUACUAGUAUAAACCAUGUAUGAAACAGUUUAGGUUUACAUUUAUUAAAUUCUGUUCCCUUUGCUUAUGAUGUAAUACUAAAUGACAAGAUAUUUUUUUCACAGAGGUUCCGUCUGGUAGUGCUGUACAAGUAGUGUUUUUGUAGCAGUACAGUUCCAUUCAAGAGUAGGCAGUACUUUGAAUGUCUUUUGAGAUGUCUAGUCUUUUAAUUUUACUUGUCAGCUUUUGCAUAUAUCUAUUUUUCCCAAGCUGUCAGAGCCAUCAACAAUUCCUUGUUCUCAUUUAUAGACAACCAAAAAAAAAACUCAAUAUAUGUCACUUGAUGUUUACUUUUAGUUCUGAAGAAGUUGUUCUUGCCCUAACUUUUUUUUUUCUUUCAAAAUCCUUUUUUCUAUUAUUGAUUGAAAACCAAAAGAAAGGAUAAACAAGUCUUAAGGAAUAUUUCCAUUCAAUGAUAAUGGUAUGGAACUGCUGCCAAAACCACACAACUUUAUCCUUAGGCUUGUUCUACUUUGAGAUGGCAAUUGUUUCUUAUUAUUCAAGUGUUCACAAUAUAGUGACAGUCUUUUACAAGAUCAAAGUUUUAGUCAGUUGCUGCCAUAGUGUAUUAUACAUAUGAAUGUACAGUUGAAUUAUGUUCACAUUAUUUCCAUGCCUACUGCAUAUGAGAUGUGUAAUUAUUGACUUUGGUUAUAUUUAAACUGAAAAGAGUCUGUGUACAUAUUAAUGUGUUUCAAUGCAUGUCACUGCGUAUUGGAUUGGUCUGUGCUUUUUUUCUCUCUCUCUCUGUCUGUUUUAAUCUCCUUCCAUCUUGACAUGAUUUGGGUUAAUUAUGUCUCGGUGAAUGUGCAGGAUGAUGGCAUUUAUAGACAUUGCAAUAACUGAUUCUGUAGUGUGUUUGUUGUUGUAUUUUACUUGUUUUCGCUGUUGUUGGUUUUUUUUUUUUUGUUUUACUUCAUUUUUAACCAAAACUAGAGAUGAACUUGAAUUUUUUUUUUUUUCCAUGUAAUGCUUACUGUCAUUUUAACUGUAACACAACACCAAGAAAAUACCAAAUAGUUGUUUUUGAUUUUUUUUUUCACUGUUUACUAGAACCUGGCUUUAAUGUACAUGGAUGGGUGUGUUGUACAUGAAAUGAUGCUUUGAAGUAUGCCACACUAGCUAGUAGUUAUGUUGAUGUAACUGUUGGAUUAUUUACUUUUUUUUUGUAGUGGAUGGGGUUUGCUGGAAGGAUUUUUUCAUUGGAGCAUUUCAGUGCAGUGCAAUUAAUGAAAGAAUAGCUAUGCUAGAAUUGGAAUCUGUCAUCAGUGUGAGUUAGAUCAUCAAACAGAGUGAAAAUGUUUACAAAGCUGCUAUCAUCUGAGAGGCUGUGACAUAAAUUUGAUCCUGUCACAAAGCUAUUCAAAUAAGUAUUGUUAGAUUUUAUUUUUUUCUUGUCUCAAAAUUUGUUGGACUGUCUUUAGAGUACGGUCAAGUGUUAAUUUUUAUUUUUUUUUACCUUUAACAAUAGUGUCAUUAUUAAGUAGUCUUUUAUAUGAACAUUUACUGUGAAAGAAAAUAAACUGCCUGCAUUUUAAGACUAAAGAGUUGGCAAAAAAAACUAGCAAAGGGUGUUUUACAUAUUUAAACAAUUAAUUUGAGAAAGUGUGUGUCUACAGUGUGGAUGAGAAAAGUAGUUUUUGCUGUGAUAAUUUGAGUUGUCUGUUUUUGUUGUCCCUGUAAACAUUGUUAAGUGACAAUUUAUUAUUACUAUUAUUUUGUAUUGUUUUAUUUUUAUACUUUCUUGAAAAAAAAAAAUCAAUGGAAGACUAUAAGCCAUAUUCAUAAUGGCUGGUGUUACUGUAUAAAGCUGUGUAUUUUUUUUUUAUUUUACACAUAUUUUUUUUUUUUAUUACUAAAGUCUCUGUCUUAAUCUCUUGCUUCAUAUUAUCAGUCAUUUUAUUUUUCAUUAUUCUGAUAUCAUAGGAGGAUUCUCCACUGGUUUCAAUGGUGACAUCCAUGAGUUACUUCUCUUUGUUUCCCUGACCUAAACAAAAAAAAAAAUUAAUACUAUUUUACACAUUUUGCUUUAUCUAUUAUGUGUAGAGCUGUGUCCAAUAAAAUAAUGUGAAAACAGACAAA